UUACGACAUGUUACACAUGAUCCGGGUCAUGUUCCCUGCACUGCACAAGACAAAAAUAGGACGAAGCGAGUCUUUCUUUUCUUCUUAUGGUCAAGCAAAUGGAUCGUUGAAUUAGCUUGUAACAGAAUACUAUUCAAAAAUGUAGGAGCAAAAUUCCCUAUAACUAAGGGUUUUUUUGUGUACUAACCAAAAAAAAAUGAAAUUGGUUUUCUAGAGAGAGUGAAGAGAAAGUUGAAGAGAGAGUGUAUUUUUGGUUACUUAGCAAAUUAGGGGUUUUUGUGUACAUAGAAGCAAAUUUCCCUAUAACUAAUGUUCAAACAAUAAUAUGUUCCGUGCUCUUAGAGUUACAUGUCGCAAAAUGAGUUUCUACGUGAUAUCGCAGAGUUCAUUAUAUAGAAGUUGUAAUGUUAUAUUUGUUAUCUAAAAGGCAAAAUUAGGUCUUAAAAACAAUUCAAAAGUAUGGAUUAGUUUUUCUGGAAUAGUAUUUUAGUAAUUUAGUAACUUAUAUGCAUCAUUUUAGUAAUUAUCUCUUAAAUUAACCCGUUAACCCUUGUUUCAAAAAAAAAAACAUUUGUAACAUGAGACGUCAGUGUUCAAAAAAAAAGUACACAUGACAUCAGACAUCAUACUUUUUUUCAUACGCGUCUGUGACCAAAGUCAAAGUCUUCGAAGAGCAAGUCCAGUUAUAUAUAUAUAUAUAAUACAUUCUAAAUUACUAAUGCUGGACCAAUACUACUUUAAAUAAUUAAAGACCAACUUUUGGCAAGGAAGGAGAAGACCAGGUUAUAUACUAUAUAGUAUAUGUUUGUUUUCCUUCAAAUUCUAAAAUACAAGCUCCUGAACCGUACUUACAUUUUGACAAUCUAAGUUCUCUCCUCUCCUUUGAUCCUCUCCAAUUACAUCUUCUUAAAACCCUAACGAAGAUCUCUGACAACACCCACUCAGACCAAUGGGUUGCUUCUGGAGUAAGAACCAACCGCCGUCAGAUGGAGAGCUACAGAACAUACUAGGGAAGCCACUUGAAGACAUCAAAAAGCUUUACAGCUUCGGCAAGGAACUAGGCAAAGGUAACUUGGGAACAACGUACAUGUGCGAGGAGAUUCUCACAGGCAGAAGCUACGCCUGCAAAUCCAUUCAAAAGGGUGAGCUAAAAAGCGAGGAAGACAAAGAAGCUGUGAAGAAGGAGAUUGAGAUCAUGUUUCGCCUUUCGUGUCAGCACAACAUAGUCAGUAUCAAGAGCGUGUACGAGGACAGAGAGUGCAUACACGUAGUGAUGGAACUGUGUGGUGGCGGAGAGCUAUCAAGUAGGAUUGAAGCACAUAGCUAUUACUCGGAGAAAGAUUCUGCUGGAAUCUUGAAGUCUAUCGUGAAUGCUUUGCAGACUUGUCACUCGAUGAGUGUGAUUCAUCGCGAUGUCAAGCCUGAGAACUUCUUGUUCUCGAGUGAGGUUGAGAACACCGUGCUCAAAGCUAUCGGUUUCGGAUCUUCUGUUAACAUCAAACAAGAAACAGAACUGAAGAGAAAAGUGGAGAGUAAAUACUACCUUGCCCCUGAAGUAUUACUAGGGAAAAGCAACGGGAAAGAGAUUGACAUUUGGAGUGCAGGUGUUAUAUUAUACCUUCUACUCAGCGGCAAGCACCCAUUUGAGGCUGAGUCUAAGAUUAGGAGAGGGAGUCUUGAUUUGGAGAGCAAACCAUGGCCUUGUGUAUCUGAGAGCGCCAAAGAUUUUGAACAAUCGUCUUCUUGUGGGUUUGUAGAACAUAGCUGGAUCAAAAUACAAGCUCCAUAUAAGCCUAUUGAUAAUGUUCUGGUAUUGCGCAUGAAGAGAUUUGGAGCUAUGAACAAGCUUAAGAAGCUAGCUCUUAAUGUUAUCGUAGAGGGUCUAGAAGAAGAGCUAAUCAAAGAUGAUAAAGAUAGGGAUUUUAAGAAUAUGGAUACUGACGGAACCGGGUCAAUAACUUACGGAGAACUAAGAAACGGGCUGAAUGCACCUAGAUCUCAUCCUAACAUCUCUCUAAGUGAAGCUAAGCAACUCAUGGAAGCCGCUGAUGUGGAUGGCAAUGGAAGAAUGGACCUCUACGAGUAUAUCUCAGCGACUACGGAGACAAACGUACUUGUUACAGAUGAAAAUUUGCACAAAGCGUUCCAGUUCUUUGAUAAAGAUGGUAGCGGGUACAUAACGAAGAAUAACUUGAAGCAUGUUGUGGGAGAUGAGGCUAAUGCCAAAGAUAUCAUAUCAGAAGUUGAUACAGAUAAUGAUGGAAGAAUAAACUAUGAGGAGUUUUGUGCGAUGAUGAGAGAUGGUAAAUUGCAGCCACAAGGGAGACGUGUUAGGAUAAAUUGAUGCUCAUAAGCUCUUGUUCUUGUCUCACCCGAAAGCGGUUUUGUUUGAACAGAUGAAUAGCUAAACCGAGGUGAGAGUUGUUAAUCUGGAAAUUGUAUUACUGUUCUAUGUAUUCUUGUAAGUUGUAACUUGAGAAGUUCCUCGAUUCUUACCAAAGACUCUUUGGUAUUUGCUUUUUCUUUUAAUUCUGUAUGAUUUUAAAUACUUGUGAAAAUCUAUUAAAUGGGUAUUGUUUAAAUUGUUUUCCAUGUUCUAGUUGUUGAUAAACCAGAAGAUUUUACUUUUGGAAUAUAACCUAAUGAGUAUGAAUCAUAUGUGUCAUUAGUUGUCUUGUUAACAUUAAGAGAGGCGGAUCGCUUUGGCUCAUGGGUGCCUUCCUCCUGGUGGUGACUGCAUGGAUCUUCCUGUUCCAAUUGAUGGUUCAUGCUAUCAAGGGUGUCGUCUGAAUAUUGAGGCAUGCUAUCAACCUGCAGUUGUUGAUCUAAAAUAAAGGAAUUCAAAACACAAAAUAAUAUAUCUAUAUUAUUAUUUAUGAAUUGUUUCUUCUGUUAUAAUUCUUUCGUUAAAAUUUAGAACGGUUAAAUUUUUCGUUACCGGUCAUUAUAUAAUUAAGAUUUGUAUG